CCCCGGAACUUAACCGUUGACCAAAAUGUAGUGUUUAAAUCCUUCGGUAUUGAUCCCGGAGAACGGGUGGCGCACUCUUUUCUCCAAUGAGGCUUGGCAUUGGCCAAGCGCCGGAUUGGUGCGGAAAGCUGAUUGGCUGGUGUAUCAUCACGUCGGCGGCGACCGUGCGUGUUGCUUCUGGCACCGCCCCUGCCCCUGAUGGGUCGGAUUUCUGACCAGUCAGUAGGCGCGGCGCGGGCUUCGGUUUCGCGAGGCUGUUUGCCGCCUCGGUUCCCGCGACCCCAACGUCCCGGAGGCGGGGCGGAGGCGGCGGAGGCGCUCCUUGGAGGCGACCGCUGUUCCGGCCCAACAAACAGACCCGGCUGGGCGGAGGAAGCAGUGAGUGGGGCUUUGUGUUCUGGAUUCUCUCGAAGGGCGGCAGCGGAACUAGGAGGACGGUGGGAACUUUCAGGGCCCUUUGGUGGAUUCAGCCCUCCUGGAGCCUGGGGCCGAUGACGUGAAGGGAAACUAGUGGGAGAAAUCAGUCAAGCGGACCACGAAUUCCCUAGGAACGAUUCCCUAGGAAUCGUUAGGAUUCUGAGUAUUUGAAAUUGAAUACAUAAUUCACCAACUGUCAUGGAGCCUACAUCUUCUCUUGCAGGGCCCCAGAUGAAUACCAGGUUUCCUUCAAGCAGGAUGGUACCUUUCUACUUUCCUCCAUCAAAAUAUGCACUUUGGAACCCAAUCCCAACUGGAGAUUUCAUCUACUUACACCUCAAUUACUACAGAAAUCCAAAGCUUGUAGUAACUGAAAAGACCAUCCGACUUGCUUGUCGUCAUGCUAAGCAGAAUAAAAAAAGCCUGCCAUGCUUUUUACUUGGUUCUCUCAUAGUAGAUGAAGAUGAAGAAAGUGUGACAUUGACAGUAGAUCGUUUUGAUCCUGGUAGAGAAAUACCUGAAUGCUUAGAGAGAACCCCUACUGCUUCUCUUCCUGGGGACUUUGUGAUUCCAUGCAAAAUUCAUACUCAUGGACUUUGUUCAAAAGAAUUAAUAGUCCAUGAUGCAGAUGACUUCAGUUCAGCUUUUAAGGCUCUGCAGCACCAUGUAUGUAGCAAAGAUUCCUUGGAUUGUGGUAAACUGCUUUCCCUAAGAGCUCAUAUUACUUCCAGGGAAAGUUUGGACAUUGUGGAUUUGGAUUUGCAUUGGGCAGCGGUAACUCUGGCAAACACCUUUAAGUGCACACCUAUAAAGCCCAUCCCCAUUAUUCCAACAGCUCUGGCAAGAAACUUGAGUAGUAAUCUGAAUAUUUCUCAAGUUCAAGGUACCUAUAAAUCUGGGUAUCUCACCAUGGAUGAAACACGCAAAUUGUUACUUUUGCUGGAAUCAGAUCCCAAGGUUUGUUCUCUACCAUUAGUGGGAAUUUGGCUAUCUGGAAUUAUACAUAUCUAUAGUCCUCAGGUAUGGGCUUGCUGCUUACGAUACAUGUUUAGUUCUUCUAUUCAAGAAAGGGUUUUUUCCGAAUCUGGAAAUUUCAUUAUAGUUCUAUAUUCUGUGACACAUAAGGAUCCUGAAUUUUAUGAAUGCCUCCCGUGUGAUGGCAGGUCAUCUGACCUUCAGUUCCAGCUACUAACCAGCAAGGAAACAUUACGUCUUUUCAAAAAUGUUGAACCUUCUGACAAGAACUCACUCCAUUUUGAGCUGACUGCUGAAAGCCAAAAUGCAGAAACAGAGUUUUUCAACAAGGUUUCCAAGCAUCUUUCAACUGAAAGGUCCUCCCAAAAGUUAUCUCCAGGAAAAAUGCCAAUAAAUGAUCGUGAUUCUGGUGUUGAAGAUGAAGAUUUUUCUCCAAGACCAAUUCCUAGUCCUCACCCUGUGAGUCAGAAGGUUUCUAAGAUCCAGCCAUCAGUUCCUGAACUUUCCCUUGUUUUGGAUGGCAAUUUCAUAGAAUCAAAUCCUUUGCCUAAGCCAUUGGAAAUGGUGAAUAAUGAAAAUCCUUCUUUGUUGAUUAACCACUCUGAACACUUGGAGCCAUUGCAACCCCAGCUUUACGAUGACAAAAGAGGCCUGGAAGCUGAAGCUGGAGAGCUUUCCUUGAAAGGGUCACCAAAUCAAUUAACCCAGAGCACUGUUCCUUUGAGACACAGCAAAGUAAGACAGCCAUCCACCUGUAAGAAUGGGAACGCCCAUAUCAAGAACAGUAUUAAAGCAUCUUCUCUUAAUAGACCACCUUCUGAUUCAAAUGUACACAAAGAAGAAUAUCCUGUAAGAUCCUCCACAUUAAAUUCCAAGCAGUCUUCUCUUGCCUCAGGGUCCCACCCACACAAUUUGGUUUUUUCAUCCCAUAAUUCAGGAAGACCAAUGGAACUUCACAUACCUACUCCACCACCGUCUUACUGUCCUAUGAAUGUUUGCAGUUGUUGUCAGCAUCAUGCCCACGUGCAGUAUAGUCCAGUAAAUUCUUGGCAAGGAGUGAAUACAGUAGGGUCUGUUCAAGACCUCCAGUCUGAAGCCAUUCACAAGCAUUCAUUAGUUCACCUAGGUGGAUGUCCAGCUCUGUACCCUAAUGCAUUCUGUUCUUCAAGUAGUCCUGUAGCCUUGAGACCUCAGGGAAACAUGGGUGGUUGCUCUCCCCACAACAAUGUAGAACCAUCGCCUGUGGCAAGACAGCCUUCACAUGUAGACUCCUGUAACCCACCGCCUUGUGCAGUAUGCAUGCACACACCCAGGACUGGCUUAGAUAAUGGAAUGAUGGGACUGUCUCCAGAUGCAUAUAGGUUCCUCACAGAACAAGACAGACAGCUAAGACUGCUUCAGGCACAGAUUCAGCGUUUGUUGGAAGCACAGUCUCUACAGCCCUGUUCCCCUAAGACAACCUCUGCUGAAGACACGGUGCAAGCUGCAAGACAGAUGGAGCUGGUUUCCAUGGAAGCACAGUCUUCCCCUGGCUUGCACAUGAGAAAAAGUGUAAGCAUUGCUGUGAGCACAGGUGCCAGCUUGUUUUGGAAUGCAGCAGGCGAUGGUCAAGAGCCUGAAUCUCAGCUGAGGCAAGAUGAUACCAAGAUUUCCAGUGAGGACAUGAAUUUUUCUGUUGAUAUUAAUAAUGAAGUUACAAGUCCACCAGGUAGCGCGUCUUCAUUGAAAGCAGUUGAUAUUCCCAGCUUUGAAGAAAGCAACAUUGCUGUGGAAGAAUUUAAUCAACCACUUUCUGUAUCCAACUCCUCUCCAGGUGUGAGAAAAGAACCUGAUGUGCCUGUGUUCUUUCCGAAUUCCAUGCUGGCAGAAAAUGUAAGCAUGUGCUUAAAGAGUGGACCAACAGAGGGUGCCAGUAACCACUCUGUAACAUCAGGGGAACCAAAAAUUGAGCAAGUAAUGCAACCCUUGCCUCAUCAACCUACAGAUAAUCAGAAAAUAUACCAGGAUUUAUUGAGUCAAGUGAACCACCUACUGAAUAACUCCUCCAAAGAGACUGAGCAGCCAUCGACCAAAGCAGUAAUUAUCAGCCAUGAGUGCACCAGAACACAAAAUGUUUACCAUACAAAGAAAAAAAAACGUGAUUCAGGUCUGGUAGACAAAGAUUGUGUUCUUAAUGCAACCCUUAAACAACUAAGAAGCCUUGGGGUAAAAAUUGAUUCUCCCACUAAAGUGAAUAAAAAUGCACAUAAAGUGGAUCACGCCAGUGUGUUGGCAUGCAUAAGCCCUGAAGCAGUGAUUUCUGGAUUAAACUACAUGUCAUUUGCUAAUGUUGGCAUGAGUGGCUUAAGCCCCAGCGGUGUGGAUUUGAGCAUGGAGGCAAAUGCUAUAGCUCUGAAGUACUUAAAUGAAAAUCAGCUGUCACAACUCUCUCUCACUCGAUCAAACCAAAAUAACUGUGAUUCAUCUUUUAGCCUUCUGCAUAUUAAUACAGACAGAAGCACUGUGGGGCUUAGUUUAAUUUCACCAAACAACAUGUCAUUUGCAACCAAAAAAUAUAUGAAGAGAUAUGGACUCAUACAAAGCAGUGACAACAGCGAAGAUGAAGAAGAGCCUCCAAACAAUACUGAGAGCAAGAGUGAACAUUUAUUGACUCAGAACCUUACAUCCGCACCUGAACAACUUGACUGUCAGAAAGAGCCUUCUAGGAAUGCCUGUGAAAUCAUUAAUCGUUAUGACUGUGAAGCCGGGAGCACCCACACAGACACGCCAGUAUUGAGAAAUAUUACAAAUGAUGUUGUUCAGCCAAAAGCAACGCAGCAAUUGGAUGAAAACCCAGCUUUCUUACUAAAAAACCAUAAACCAAGUCCUGCAAUGAACCUCCGAACCGGAAAAGCAGAGUUUACCCAACAUCCUGAGAAAGAAAAUGAAAGGGACACCCCAAUUCUUCCCAAAGGUUUGAAACCUGAAACUUUAAAGCAAAUGAGUAGUAUGAAUUCAGUAGGCACCUUCUUAGAUGUAAAGCGGCUCAGACAGUUGCCAAAAUUAUUUUAAACCUUAAACUUGCCACCCUCCUGUUUCAAGGAUAGGGGGUCUCUCUUGAAGAGGCUUAGGGAAUCCGGAGCCUUUGGUAGUUUGGGGGAUACCCUCAGCAUUCUAGGGGCCAGUCUGUUUCUUGGUGGCAGCUGACUGCAAAGAGCUGAACAGGUGACCCGAUAGUCGGUGAGAUGGUGCGAGCGUAGAGGAGGGAGAAGUGCUCUGUUCACGGAGAAGCAUUCAGCAUCCCUGCAGCCGUUGUUAAAACAAAUCCUGAGAUCACUUAUUUGGACAGAUAUAGGUAAACCAGUACUAUCCAACUCUGAAUCUGAACUGCUGUUUUAUACUGUAAAUUGUGAGAAGUAACUCCAUUUUCCUAGUGGGUUGCAUCUCUCCAUCUGCCCAGUUUCACCUGAAAUAACGUAAAAUAAACUUAUCAUGACCCUGGCUAAAUUAGCUAAAUCAGCCCUUAUUGAAUUUAAGGGGAAGGUUUUAUUUUUAAAAAUAACUUUAAGAUCUUUUAUACAAUGAGUAUAUAUAUGUUCUCAAUUAAGAUCAUAUUUGUUAAAAUCUGUGGAGGUGGAUCUUUUGCAGUCUGGUGGUUUGAUGUUAAUGUAACAUUUUCAGCUUAUAGCACUAGCUAUCACAAAAUAAGAAAAUUAUUGAACAUAAGUUGUUUUAUAAACUUUGAGUAUUUCAAGUGUUUUCAUAUUUUUUAAUAGAACUUAAUAAAAAUGUCUAGAUUUACUCUUUUCCUCUAUAGCAUAUCCGUCUCCCCUUGUUGUUAAAAAACUGAUUUGACUCCCCAAAACUUAAAAAAUAAUAACACAGUUUAGGUAUACCCUUUACCCAGUGACCCCACAAUUAUGGUGUCUUACAUAACUGUAGCAAAUGAUCAAAACCAAGAAAUUGACAUUGGGUGUGAUAUUAGUAACUAAACCACAGGCCUUGCAGGUUUCACAGGUUUCUACAUGCACUCAUUUAUUUACUUUUUGGUGUAUAAGUGUGUGAAAUUUUGUCACUUAUUACAGACUUGUAUACCCUCCACCGCAAUCAGCAUACAGAACUGUUCCAUCACCACAAAGAAACUCCCUAGUGCUGCCCCUUUAGAAUACAAUCCACCCCCCCAGCCCUAAUCCCUGACAACCAAUGGUCUGUUCUCCAUCACUAGAAUGUUGUCAUUUUGAGGACAUCAAUAUAAAUGGCAGCACAGUGUACAACUUUUUGAAAUUGGUUUUUACUAAGCAUGAGGUCCUUGAGAUCCAUCCAAGAUGUUAGUGUUGCUUCCUUUUUUUCUCCCACCUUCUUAAAUAUAAAGUUUUUAAUUUUUAUUUCUAAAUAUAAAUGGAAAAAGCCCUCAUUGACUUGAGAAAUAAAGCUCUUCUGCUGAAGUUAACUUAA